CACCGGGACAGCGCUAUCCACUCAGCGACAAAAGCGAUAUACAGCCUGGGAUCAACCAGGAUGUCGGUAGGUCGCAAAGCUUGCUUCUCGAUUCCGAUACUUGCAACUGACGCACAAGUAAAGGAAGAACAGGAAGAACACGAAGAACACGAAGAACAGGCAGAACAGGAAGAACAAGAUUCACCCAACUCUAGCAGCGGCUCCGAGCCUAGCACACCACCGACACCACCAGCUGACGACCACGUUGACCUGUUAGAAGAUUAUUCGCUGAAGUCGAGCAACGCUUUACCUUCCGGACCAUACGUAGAAACUCAAGAUUACUGCGGUCAUUCCUAUGUUCAUCUCAACGAAGACUACGAUAGGCGACUGUGCUGGUCAAAUGAUCCCGACCACUUGUAUUUGGCAACGUACUUUAGACAGGAACCUCCAAACUUGGCGAACGAUUUCAAGGUUAAUGGCCUUUGUCCAGUCGUUAAAGAAGACGACAGUGACAAGUUCAUUCUGCGAGAUGCUAAAGGCCGGUACUAUAUCUGGGAUGCGUGGGAUGGAUAUCUUCGGAGGGUGACAGAUAUCUGGACCCAGGGGUUUGAUUCGCAAGAGCAGGUAAUAGAAAACCUCCUCAUCUAUCUUUCCUGGGUGGAAGAAGAGGCGGAUGUUAUCUACAGGAAUCGGGAGGAGGAUUGAAGACCC